UGGUUCCCGCAGUGCAGCGCGGCUGGUCCCGGUGGUCCCGGCGCGGCGCUGGCCAUGGGGCUCGGGGCGGCAGCCGGGGCCGUGCUGGUGGCACUGGUGGCGCUGGGAGCCGCCCCGGCUGCGGGCGCGGAGCUCUCGGGGGUGUUCCAGGAGCUGGGAACGUCCGAGUGCUACUUCACGAACGGCACGGAGAAGGUGAGGUUCGUGGAGCGGUACAUCUACAACCGGGAGCAGUACCUGAUGUUCGACAGCGACGUGGGGGAGUACGUGGGGUUCAACCCCUAUGGGGAGAAGAAUGCCAAGCGCUUGAACAGCGACCCGGAAAGGAUGGAGUACAAACGGGGUCUAGUGGACACGUACUGCCGGCACAACUACCGGAUUGUCACCCCGUUCAGCGUGGAGCGCCGAGUGCCCCCCAGCGUGUCCAUCUCGCUGGUGCCCUCGAGCUCCCAGCCCGGCCCCGGCCGCCUGCUCUGCUCCGUGCUGGAUUUCUACCCUGCCCCGAUCCAGGUGAGGUGGUUCCAGGGCCAGCAGGAGCUCUCGGAGCACGUGGUGGCCACCGACGUGGUCCCCAACGGGGACUGGACCUACCAGCUGCUGGUGCUGCUGGAAACCCCCCCCCGGCGCGGGCUCACCUACACCUGCCAGGUGGAGCACGGCAGCCUGGAGCAGCCCCUGAGCCGCCACUGGGAGAUGCCGCCGGACGCCGCCCGCAGCAAGAUGCUGACGGGCAUCGGGGGCUUCGUCCUGGGCUCGGUCUUCCUGGCGCUGGGGCUCGGCUUCUACCUGCGCAAGAAGAGCUCCUGAGCCGCCGGCGGCCGCAGCCGCUCCCCGCGGCCUCGGGCCCGGCCGGGACCCCCCGCUCCGUCCCCGCGGCGAUUUUGGGGGGGUCGCGUGUCCCCCCCAGCCCCGCUGGCGCUCUGCCCCCGCCCGCCCGCUCCCAGCGCUCCCAAUAAAGCUUCCCAGUUGGC